CGUUCGCGCGGGACCUGUGGCUUUGCGGACGUCGCUCUCUCUGGCUUCCCCCUCCCUGCCGUUGCAGCAGUUUGAUCCACCCCGGGGUGAGGAGGGUGGAGCGAGAAGGUGUCGCUUUCCUCGCUCUCUCUCUCUCUCUCUCCCUGCUGCAGUGGUCUCUGCGUUGCAAUUGGAAGGCGCUGCCCCGCGACGCCCAUUCGUGGGGGCUCAGUUGAGGCUGCUGUUGCUACAGCGUCCUUCCCACCUCCCCCAACCCCCAUCCUCCGCCUCUCGCCCGCCCCUCCUCUUGGCCCUGGGCAGCGCAGCCUCUCCCGCGCCCAGCCCCCCUGGACUGAACCCCCAGCCGAGCCCUCCUCCUCUCCAGACGACGCCGACAGCCUGUGGGAGCUGCAGCUGUGUCAGCAGCCUGAAGAGAGGGAGAGGCCUGGCCGCACCCCUGCACCCGCACCCCCACAAAUACACCCCUCUGCAGCUCACAUCCCCACCCCUGCACUCCCUUCCCAUCCCCGACAUGUCGGCUCUGGAGUGGUACGCGCACAAGUCCUUGGGCGACGGCAUCUUCUGGAUCCAGGAGCGCUUCUUCGAAUCCGGCAACCGUGCCAACAUCUGGCUGGUGCGCGGCACUGAGCAGGACGUAGUGAUCGAUACCGGGUUGGGGCUUCGAAGCCUGCCCGAAUAUCUGUACUCGGCUGGCCUCCUGCAGGACCCGGACAAAGGAGAGGACUUGGUGCGACGGCCGCUGCUGGCCGUGGCCACUCACGUUCACUUCGAUCACGCCGGUGGGCUCUACCAGUUUGACCAGGUAGCCGUGCACCGGGCCGAGGCGGACGCCCUGGCCCGCGGAGACAACUUUGAGACGGCGACCUGGCUGUCGGAGAGUGAGGUGGUGCGGGCGCCCAGCCCUGGCUGGAACGCCAGGCAGUUUCGAGUGCAAGCGGUGCAGCCCACCCACAUCCUGCAGGAGGGGGAUGUGAUCAGCCUUGGUGACAGACAGCUCACUGUUAUGCACAUGCCUGGUCACUCCAGGGGAAGCAUUUGCUUACUCGACAAAGAUCGGAAGAUUCUAUUCAGUGGAGAUGUUGUUUAUGAUGGAGCAAUGAUUGACUGGCUUCCAUACAGUCGGAUAAACGAUUAUAUUGUAACCUGUGAGCGUCUGAUAGAAUUGGUGGACAGCGGUGUGGUAGAGAAGGUGCUUCCUGGUCACUUCAACACUUUUGGAGCUGAAAGGCUUUAUCGCUUGGCUUCCAACUAUAUUUCAAAAGCUGGGUUGUGCCACAAAGUUUCAACCUGUGCCAUGAGAUCUCUUGCAAGUUUAGCUCUGCGUGUAACCACCUCUAGGACCCCAUCCUAGUUUGUGUGGAUUGAUUUAUCAUGUAGUUGAUACUUUUAAAGCUAAGUAGUUUUGUUGUUGAAAUAAUUGACCAUGAUCAUUUCAAGAAGUGCUUUCUCAAUAUUAAGCGGGAGGGAAGGGGGAUGAUUUGAGAAGGAAGAAGCCAAAAGAGGGAGAUUUCUUAAGUUAAUUCCCACCAAAAUAGUAGUAAUAAUAAGCCUCUUAAAGCAGUGAAUAGCUUGCCAAAGCUGUUGCCUUUUAAAUGUUUGUGGGUUCUUUUGUUUUUGGUCACUCAAACUGUGGGAUGGUUGCAUGGGGAGGGCAUUUUGCAGAAAAGGAAAGAAGAGUUAUCCAUACCCGCUUUGGGAAACUCAUUUUAUUUCUUAUGUGUGUUAAAGUAAGUUUUGUUUGUGCCCCAACCUUGAAAUUUUCAGUAUUACAUUUAAAUUGAAAGAUGAAACUUCAGUUUAAAAUCCAUUUGAACUCAAUGUGAAACAUAUAAUGUAGCUAUUUAUAUGACAUCUGAAACAUUUUACUACUGUAGGGACUGGAUUCAUGUGUGCCAUAAUUUAUUUAUUCUUCGUGUAACUUAUUAAUGAAAUAGUCACUGUCUAUGGAGUGUUUAUUUAUUUUUAAAAAUAGUAAAGUACAUUUGGAUUUGAGGCAAAGCUUUAUAAAACAAAUGCUUCAGUAAAAAGGCUGAAAAGAUAAUGUUACAAUUGAGGUGUUUUGCAAAUAGUGAAAAUUUUAAGUGUGCAUAUUAACUGCAAAUGCCUAGAUUUCUUGAAAGGACACUGUCAGGUAUAUUUAAAAAUAUAUGUGAUUUGGAAUAUUUUCCUUCACUUCCUUUUGGUAUAGAAGGAACAGUAAAAACAGGUCCCAUAGCAUUCUGUCUUUGGGCAACACUUCAUUAUGUCAAAUCAAUUUUGUAUUAUUUUAAAAUAAGAGUCCCAGUUUGUAUAAUCUUGAAACAAAAAGGUAUUUUACUUAGUCCUUUGGUCUAAAUUACCAAAGGGGUUUACCAAAUUAAUCUAAACUUUAAAUAUUCAUUUUUUCCUAAUUCAUGGAAUCAGUUCCUAUUUGAUGGCUUUUAAAUGAACUACCAUGUUUGGAUGAAAUAAAAAGAUCAUGUUUACAUAGUCUAAGCAAAUGAUAGACUAGUAUUUAUUGAUGCAUUUUAGUUUGUGUUUAUAAAUAUAUUUAUGGUUAUAUAAAUUCUUAUUACUGCCUUACUAGACCUAUCAUUCCUGAAUUCAAACUGGAAUAGUUAUAUGAAACUUAGUUUUAGGAAUGCUAGAGGAGAGUUUCAGAAAAAGUGUUAAAACUCUUUCCUUCCCCAGAAAUUCUCUAUAUUCAUUCAUUUAAACAGAAUUUAAGCAUCUACCCAAAGCAACACUAUGGGAGACACCUCAGGAAGUUGUGAUGGGAUUUAAGGAUAGGGUUCCUACCCUCCCAGAUCUUAUGAUUGAGCUAAAACAAGCACCCAAUGUAGUGGCCUAACAAAGCAAAGUAAGGAUUAACAAGGCAAAUUUAGUACACAUAAAUACUGAGAAAUAAGACCAAGGGAGUAAUGUUUGUAGGGUAAGGUUAGGGAAAUGAUGAGUAAUGAGCCAAAUUUUGAAGGAAAUAAUGGUUGAGAUUUGCAAAUUAUUUCUUUAUAUCAAAUACCCCCAUGAUGAUUAAAUAGGUUUAAUAGAAAAAUUUUCAGUAUUUGUGGUAUUUUUGAUUAAUAGGGAAAUAACAAGAGCCAACAGUUUUGCUUUGUGGAAGAACCUAUGAAGAUGUGGGCUUUUUUUCCUACUUUGUUUUUCUAUGACCCUAUGAGUAAUUAAAAAUAAGGAAAUUAAGGGGUUCAAGGCUAUAUAAAACUCUUUAUUGUGGCUUUUGUAUUCUCACUAGCCUCCCACACAAAGCUAUGAUGCUCAUAAUCUGGAAUCAAAGAAACCAAAUACUUGUUUGAAUCCAUACAAAGAAUGAUUCUGUCUGUGCUAUGUGAUCUCUGCAAAUCCGGUUCUUUGUGUAACUAUAUUGCCCUGAUCUAUAUUGACCUUUCUUGUAAUUAAGUUUGGAAAUUAAAACUAAUUUCAGUCUUAAAAAAAUGUGUCAUCAAAAAAAUUUUAAUAUUAAAAAGUGGACAUCAUUGGAUCUUUCUCAGUGAUCACUUUUUAAGACAGUUGUUCUAUUAGAUUGGACUUUGAGGCUUUUAUGUGAAUAUUAAGUGUCAAUAUUAUAUUGAGAAUGAUUAUGAUCAUAUCAGGGAAGCCAAGAGCAAAAUUAUUAAAUAACAUUAGAAAGAACCAUUAAUUUUAUAUUAGUGAUAAAAAUAAAAAGUAAACUUCAAACCCUUAUGUCAUGUAAGACCUAUUAGCUACUAGGGUUUUUAUAUUAUUUUUCCCUUGAAAAAGUAGAGGUUUUAAGUUUACAUACUGUAAUGGGAAUGUCCAGAAUUCAUUAAGGAAGGGAAUACUUAGAUGGUAAAAGAAUAUGAUUUCAAAACAUUUAAAUUGAUGUGUUUUAAGCAAUAUUACUCAAAACUGUAUUACUCUCCUGCUGUUGAAACUUGUAAAAAGUCUGGCUUAUAAUCAGCUCAGUGGAAUAAACUUGACAAAGUAUAUUUUUAUUCCCCAUGAUAAGGGGUGUGCCAAGAAUUAAAUAAAUAAAAAAAACUAAAAGCAUUUUCCUAAUAUAUGUUAACUUUUAAUAUGUAUAUUUUCACCCUGACAGUGGCCCUUUAAUACUGACAUAAUUUGUUACUUUAAAAAAUGUUGAGUUGUAAGUUUAAAAAAAGGGAAACAUUUAGAAUCAUUUUUACUCUUUAAAUUGGUAGUGCUGUGUAUUUAAUAAUCCAGUUCCCUUAUUAACUUUUUUAUGUAAAAAAAAAAGUUAAAGGAACUUUUAUCUUUUUUCCAUCAACUAUAAACUAUACAUAAUUGAUGUUAAAGUUAAAAUGUUAAGCAUCUUUGUUCUUGGAUGUAAUCUGAAUGUAAUAUUCUCAGACUGUCUGCUUGUAAUUUUCAGAUGAGUGUAAUUUAAAAUAUAUAAUAAAUAUUUAAAGGGAUAUAUUAUUUCCUUGAAAUUCAA